AUGGCGACCUGCUCCUGCCCCAGCUCUGUGCUCUGCCUCCUCCCCUCCCUGCUGCUCCUCCUCCAGCUGCCCCCCGGGGGGUCCCAAGAGAGGUUCCGUGUGUUUGGCCCCCCAGACCCCAUUGUGGCAGAGCUGGGUGAGGAUGCCACACUGCCCUGCUCCCUGGACCCAGUCAUGAGUGCAGAGAAAAUGGAGUUGAGGUGGUUCCGGUCCAGUACCUUCGAGUCAGUGUUCACCUAUCAAGACGGACAGGAACGACAUGAGAUGCUAAUGGCCCAGUACGCAGGGCGGACCUCGCUGGUGGGGGAAUUCCUCCGUGUGGGGAAAGCUGCUGUGAUCAUCCACGAGGUCCAGGCUGCUGACAAUGGGCUGUACACCUGCUUCUUCAGCAACGGAGUGUUCCAUGAGCAAGCCAGCUUGGAGUUGCAGGUGGCAGGUUGUUGUGGGCUCUGCCCCCAAGUGCACAUCACGGGGCCAGAGGAGGAUGGGGUACGCGUGGUGUGCACGGCCUCGGGCUGGUUCCCAGAGCCUCAGGUGCAGUGGAGACAGCCCCGUGGGGAGCAGUUCCUGGAGUUCUCCAAGGUCCAGGCACAGGACACUGAGGGCCUGUUCAGUGUGGAGGCCGCUCUGGUGGUGAGAGACAGCUCUGCGGGGAGCGUGACCUGUUCCAUCCUCAACCCUGUCCUGGGUCAGGAGAAGGUCAUGGCCAUUGUCAUCCCAGAGCCCUUCUUCCCCCGGGCCUCUCCCUGGAAGCCGGCUUUCCUGGUGAUCCUGCCCUUGCUGCUGCUCCUGCUCCUGGGGGCUGCCUGCUACACCCAGAGAGAACAUUCCACACAGAUGCGGGAGCUGCAGGAACAGAUGAAUCUGUGUGGGGCUAAGGAGAAGGACAGACAGGCCAAGGAGGAGGCCUUGACGGACACAGAGGAACUCCAGGCAAUUCUAGGCCAGAGGAAGGCAGCUUACCUGGCUGCCUGGAGGAAGGCCCAGCUGUAUGCAGAUUGGAGGAAGGAGAAGUUCCGGGCCUGGCCUGUCACUCUGGAUCCAGGUUUUUGCAGUCAUGGAAUUGUCCUCUCUCAUGACAAGAAGAGUCUGACCUGUUAUCAUGAAGGAAUAGAAGGAGGAUACAGAGUUUGGGGUAUUGAGGGCAUCACAUCAGGCCGCUGUUACUGGGAAGUAGAGGUCAGGAGUUCAGACAGAACUGUGUGGGCACUGGGGGUCUGGACAAAAGAUGAGGAAAAUAGAAACGGUGCUGUGUCCCCACUGAAAAGGAAAUGGGUUAUUGGCCGGAACCAUAAUAUUUUCAAAGCCAGUACUGACCUUCCUAUUCUACUACCCCUUAGGCGGGUUCCCCACAGGGUGGGGGUUUUCCUGGACUAUGAUCAUGGGGAUGUCUCCUUCUAUGACAUGACUGAUGGCUCCCACAUCUUCUCCUUCCCUCCUGAGUCCUUCUCUGGGACCCUCUUUCCAUAUUUUGUCUGCCAUUUAGGAGACGUGUCCCUCACCUUUUGCCCCCUGGAGGCUGGGCCCCAGAAGCCCUCUGUGCCCAUGAACAAUCCUCCUUCUCUGAAGGAGCCUACUGUGUCCCCAUGA